GCUGCCCUGGGGCAGAAGUGACCCUGUGCAUUCUGGGAUCCCCCAGCACCUUUCUGUCUGUGCUGCUGGAGGGUGGGGUCCAGAGUCCCGGAAACAUGCUGCUUUGCCUGUCCCCUGCGUGGCUGACAAAGGUGCCGGCACCAGGGCGGCCAGGAGAGGCGGCCCUGCUGGUUUCCAAGGCAGUGAGCUUCCACCCGGGGGGCCUGACCUUCCUGGAUGACUUUGUCCCCCAGCGCCAAGCCACCUACUUCCUGGUGGGCCUGGGACCGGGUCCUGGCCAGGGGAGGGAAGCGGCUGAGCUCGCUCGCGAUCUCACCUGCCCCACCGGAGCCUCGGCAGAGCUGGCCCGGCUGCUGGAGGACCGGCUGCUGACCAGGCACUUGCUGGCCCAACGAGGCGGCGUGCUGUGCCAAGCUACCCUGGCUUUCACCUACAAGCCACCGCUGCUUCGGGGAGGGGAUGGCAGCCCGGGACUCCGGCUGGUGGAGCUGAGUGGCAAAGAGGGCCAGGAGACACUGGUCAAGGAGGAAGUAGGGGCCUUUCUGCACUCGGAGGCCCUGGGUGAUGCCCUGCAGGUGGCCAUCAAGCUCAGCAGCUGGCGCUGGCGGGGGCGGCAGGCACUCCGUCUGCACCCACGAGCAGAGGUGGGCACAGUGGCGGACACGGUGGUGGCAUUGCUGGAGAAACUGGAGGAGGAGGAGAGUGUCCUGGUGGAGGCUGUGUGCCCACCUGCCCGGCUGCCCUCCCCAGGAAAUCCCCCGCCAGGUCCGGAGCUGGCUUUGCGGAUCUGUGCUGUGGUGUGUCGGACACAGGGUGACAGGCCCCUGUUGAGCAAGGUGGUGUGCGCGGUGGGCCGGGGGAACCGGCCUCUACGGCACCAGAACUCUUUGCCACGUCCGCUGGAGGUGGCGCUGGCCCAGUGCGGCCUGGGUGCGGCGGCUCAGGUGGCGGGCGUGCGGCGGAGCGUCAAGACGGCCGCCGAGGCUUCUGAAUGUGUUGCCUUCCUGUGGUUUCUGCAGCUGCACCUGGUGGAGUCAGACCCCAACCACUUCGCCUCCCAGCUGGUGCAGACCUUCAUCCACUUUGAUGUGACGGAGCACCGGAGGGAUGAGGAGAAUGCACGGCUGCUGGCGGAGCUGGUGCGGGCACGUGGCCUGCAGCUAGAUGGCUGCUUCUCCUACUGGGACGACUGCCUGGUGCUCACAGCCUUGCUCUGCCAGGAGCUGGGUCUGCCCUGCAGCCCCCCGGCUGCCAUGCGCUUGGCCAAGCAGAAGAGCCGCACCCAACUGCACCUGCUGCGACGCCAAGGCCCACCCUGGCCCUCGCCCUCCCUCCAUGCUGUGCCUUGCUGCCCCCUGGAGAGUGAGGCUGACGUGGAGAGGGCUGUCCGCCAGGUGCCCCUGCCCGGGGUCAUGAAGCUGGAGUUUGGAGCGGGCGCAGUGGGCGUGCGGCUGGUGGAGGAUGCACGGCAGUGCCACCAGCACUUUUCACGCAUCGCCCACGACCUGCAGGGUGAGGCCGAUCACCCUGGCAUUGGGCUGGGCUGGGGCAACUCCAUGCUGCUGAUGGAGUUCAUCGAGGGCACGGAGCACGAUGUGGACGUGGUGCUGUUCCGUGGGGAGCUGCUGGCUGCCUUUGUCUCUGACAAUGGCCCCACGCGGCUGCCUGGCUUCACGGAGACGGCGGCCUGCAUGCCCACCGGGCUGGCUCCGGAGCAGGAGGCGCAGCUGGUGCAGGCGGCCUUCCGCUGCUGCCUGGGCUGCGGGCUGCUGGAUGGGGUUUUCAAUGUAGAGCUCAAGCUGACCGGGGCUGGGCCUCGGCUCAUUGAGAUCAACCCCCGCAUGGGUGGCUUCUACCUUCGAGACUGGAUCCAGGAGCUCUACGGCGUGGACCUGCUGCUGGCUGCGGCGAUGGUGGCCUGUGGCCUGCGGCCUGCCGUGCCCCCUCACCCACGAGCCACUGGCUACCUGGUGGGUGUCACUGGCCUAGUGUCCCAGCACCUGCAGGUGCUGCGCUCCACUGCCAGCCAAGAGGCUCUGCAGGCUCUUCACGACCGGGGCCUGCUGCGCUUCAGCCAGUUUACAUCUUUAGAGGAGGCCCAGGUGCCUGGCGAGUAUGAGGAGCCCUACUGCAGUGUGGCCUGUGCUGGGCCCAGCCCGGCCGAGGCCCGCCUCCGCCUGCUGGGACUCUGCCAGGGCCUGGGCAUCGAUGGGCCCCACUACCCCGUUGCCCACUUCCUGUCCCACUUCAAAUAGCACUGGUGUCAGGGGGCAGGGCCAGAGUGCUGGAGGGGCGCCGUGCUGCCUUCAGCUUCCUGACACUCUCCCUGCCUCUCCACCCAUCGCCCUGUCCCAGCCCCAGACUGGCCCACUCCUAGGCCUCGGGUCCGUUCCAGAGUGGCAGGGCCAUUUUGACACCAAGGCCUCCUGGGAUUAAGGGCCAUAAAAGAUAGCAACUGGGGGGCCACUGGGCCCUCUUUCCCUCCCAAAGGCCCCAGUCCAGCCCACAGCUACCCCAGGACUCUUGCCAUGGAGAAAGGACAACAGCUGCACACGCGUGUGUGCACACACACACCACCUCCAGGGAGGUGGGAGUGUGCCCAAACCUAGCCCAUGCUGCCACCCCUCCAAGCAUCUCUCUCUCCCUGCCAUCGACAGGAGGAGAGAACCUGGCAGGCCCUGGCCUUGGACAAAUCCCAAGAAAACCUGAGACUAAACGCCCUGUCCUCUCACUCUCACCCCCGCAUUUAACAAAUUCCAGGACAGUUGUAGAGCCUGCUGACAACUUCUGGCAAGGCUGCACCUGCCUCACUUGACCUGAGCAGUAGAAGCAGGUGGCCGGAGGUCAGCAGUUACCAUCUCCCCUCCAGGUAGACAUGACUGACCCGUUAGAUGAGGAAAGAGGCUCCAAGAGGAAAAACCAUUGCCUGAAGGUCAUAUCACAGUGGGUGGAAUGUCGAGGGACAAGGUGUAGGGUCCAGGUUCCUGCUUUUACUGUCUUACCCGCCCACUCGGCUUCUAGGCCUUGCUAACCUCCCUGCCCUCAUAUGUGGCCCUCACACAUGUGAACAGCCCCUCAUGCAUCAUGUAUCGUCCCCAAGCUUAGGUGCUUUGGCCUCUGGUUCACCUAACUAGCACUGGCAGAGGAGAGUCUCACUCUUGCUGCUUUAAGAGCUCCUGUGUGCUCAGCAUAGGAGCUGUGGACAGCUCCAGAAGCAUCCCU